AUGCGUUCAUCUCAACCAGUACCUUCACUUGUUAUUGAUACUUGUUGCUUGGAUGGCAAUCUAAAACCAAUAAAACCUCCUAAACAACCAACAUCGAAUAUUUCACGUUCAUGGAGUUUACCAAAUUGUAAUGAAACUUAUAAAGAUUUAUGUGGUGCUAUACAUUAUACAGUCUCAAAUCAUUUAAAUAGUCUUUUCAAACGAUCACGCUCGUAUCCAAAUAAUUAUCUUUUAACAUAUUCAAAAUUAAAUGAAAAAAAAUUUCAUUUGCAAUCUCCAUCAACAUCAAUUCAUUAUAAUAUAAAUUUACUUGAUCCAAAUAUUGGUACACAAACACCAAGUUGUUUGUCAUCACGUUAUUCAUUGCAUGGAAGUUUUGUUGAUUUAUCUGAAAGCGGUUAUUAUCCACCUUCAGAUCAACAAUUUAUUAAAUCAAAUAAUAAAUUAUUAACCAUUGAUGGACGUCCAUUAUUAAUUGUUGAUCCUUUUACUCGAUUAUCAACAAAUACUUAUCAAGAUAAAUGCACUGAUUGGCUUCGUCGUCUUAAUAUAAAUUCUACUUAA